ACAAUUCCUUGAUGUGUCGCGAAACUACGUGUUGGAGUACGUAACUACGUUCGCUGUGUAAAGUAGUUUCAAAGGUUUCGUACAACAGUUGGAGUUGGAAGGAAAAAACGGAGUAUUUACGUGUUAAGUAAACUUUAGCCAAACAAGGAAUCGUCAAAGGCCGGCUGUCAUCAUGAGGUUUCGACCUCAGAUCUGAUCAUUUACCGGCAUGACUGCUGCUGCAUUGUCUGUUGUGAUUGUUGUUGUUUUCUUCCUGGCCCUCUACCUUCUCCAUUGUUAUGGAGAUUUGAGGAAGCAGCAGCGUCUGGUCCUGUUAGGGACCCUUCUGUCCUGGUACCUCUGCUUCCUCAUCGUAUUCAUCCUGCCACUUGAUGUCAGCACGACCAUCUAUAACCAGUGCCUGCAUUACAAUUCAAGCCACACUCCCCCUGCAUCCCACGGUGAACAGUCUGAUCAGCCUGACUCUGGUUUAGCUUUUUCCCAGCGGUCAAGUGCAGCAAACGUGUGCGUGAAGCCCUGGAGUUACAUCCCAGAGGGUGUCCUGCCAGUGUUUUGGAGAGUUGUGUACUGGACUUCGCAGUUUCUAACAUGGCUGCUGUUGCCCUUCAUGCAAUCCUAUGCACGUUCUGGAGCUUUCUCCAUUCUUGGGAAGGUUAAAACAGCUCUCAUCGAAAAUGCAAUUUAUUAUGGGACCUACUUCCUCAUCUUCAUCCUCUUGCUGAUCUAUGCGGCAUUUCACCUAAAACUCAAACUUACGUGGGCAGAGCUCCAGACCAUCGGUAUAGCAGCUGCUAACACCUGGGGCCUGUUCCUUUUGGUGCUGUUGCUUGGCUAUGGCUUGGUGGAGAUCCCGCGUUCUUAUUGGCUCUCGUCUUCAAAUAGUUUCUUGCUGGCCAAGGCCUACUUUAAGGUAGCGAAACUGGCAACUGAGAAAGCUGCAGCGGAGGAGAACUUGGCGGAUGUUAUGGAGGAAGUCGCAGUCAUCAGUGAGUCUAUAAGGUUCAACCACACACUCAGGAAAUGUGUGGACACUAUUUUGACAAAGUGUCCUACUAGGUACCAGGAGGAGAUGGGAAGAAACGUGGAAAACUCUCGUCAUGAACACGAUGCUAAUCCUACCAAAAGUGGCUUAAUCAAACUUCAUGAAAAGGUCAUUUCUGCAGUGCAGAAGCACAGCCAGACUCAGGUUGAGUGGUCCCUCUUGUUGGAUGAGGCCUUUCAUCUAGAAGAUGUUGCUAAAAGCCAGAGCAGUCCAUUACGAGUCAUCACCAAAAGCUCCUCGUCAAACCACCUCGUCUGGGUCCGCAGGUUCAUCUACACCCCUACUGUAGAGUGGUACUGGGAGUGUGUGUUCAGGAAGACUUUCUGCAGGCUGCUGGCAGUGCUGCUGUCUCUCCUCUCUGUAGCAGUCGUCUGGUCUGAGUGUACCUUCUUCAGUGCACACCCUGUCCUCUCUCUGUUUGCUGUCUUUGUCCAGAAAGCUGAACAACACUACAAUUACAUUUUUAUUGAGAUGGUGUGCUUUGUCAGUAUCCUCUUCAUGUGCGUGUGCGUGUACUCCACGGUGUUCAGGAUACGGUUCUUUAACUACUAUCAUCUGGUGCCGCAUCACCAGACUGAUGCUUACAGCCUGCAGUUCAGCGGCAUGCUGUUUUGUCGUCUGACUCCUCCUUUGUGUCUCAACUUCCUGGGUCUGAUUCAUAUGGACUCUGGCAUCUCACACCAGGACAGAAUACAGACAUCCUACACCUCUAUUAUGGGCUCUAUGCAGCUGCUGCCUGUCAUAUCUGAUGGAUUCUACAUCUAUUACCCCAUGUUGGUGUUGCUGCUCUGCAUUGCAACUAUUUACAAGUUGGGCUCUCGCUGUUUGAACCUUCUGGGCUUCUAUCAGUACAUUACUGACAAUGACUGGACCUCUGACCUGGUAGAUGAAGGCAGGGAGCUAAUUAGGAGAGAAAGAAGAAUGAGGCAAAAAGCGGAGGAUGGACAAAAUCGUAGAUUGGCCUGGAGGAAACGAUAUGGAGUCCAGGCAACCUCGGGGCAAGGCAGAGCCGGUUAUACCGAGCUGAACGAUAACGAUGACAGCCCUGAAACACAGACCAGGAUAAGUGUCACUGGUGAGGCUGGAAAUGAAUACGAGCAGCAGACACGUUUACUGCAGGAUAACCCCAGUGAUGACAGUUUGCCAAAUAGAAGAUCCACGGCUGGACGGUACCUGUCUUUGUCACCUUCUGUGACGGGCGUCUUUGAUGACGUGUAACCAAAUCAGGAUCCCUUAACAAAUCAAAGUUAUUUAGAAUUUUAAUUUUUUUAAGGAAUUUUUUGCAUGUAUCUAAUUUAUACAGUUUAUAAAUAAAACUGAAACUGUUUAUAGAAUUUGUUUCUCUUACUGGUUUAAAGAGAGAUUGUUAACAGACACGGGUCUAUUUAUCCAAAACAUUUACCAUUUUAUUGUGUACAACCAGCCCUUUUUAUUAAAAUCUAUUUUUGUAAUGAUUUUUUUCUUUACUUUUAUGUUUUACAGGUAAUAUUUUAAUUGAGAGUCCCACAUAUUCCUGUACCAUUCACACAGUUUAUUAGGAAUACUUUCUUUCACCUGAAAAAGAACGCGUAAAUCAGUAUUUAAACCUUAGCUUGUUUGAUUUGGUAAAUUUAUUUAUUUUUUCUUUUGGAUUUUAUAUGUGUUGUAUUUGUAAAUGAAAUGACAUGACCUGGGUUCUCGUGUGAAUGAGUGUGUGCAUGGUUGUUUGUGUGUUGCCCUGCGAUGGACUGGCGAUCUGUCCAGGGUGUUCCCCGCCUCCCGCCCAUAGACUGCUGGAGAUAGGCACCAGCUUCCCCACGACCCACUAUGGAAGAAGUGGUAGAAAAUGACUGACCUGGGUUCUCUAAGAUUGUGUGUUUUGUUUAAAAAAUAUUUGUUUUAAUUUUAUCAUUUGUCUUGAAUGUAAACAAUGUCAAAUUUGAAUUUCUAAGAUCAAGUGUUGUGCCUGAAAAGGGAAUAAAGUGCAAUUUAGGGAUAUCAAUUGAA